AUGUCUGACACUGAAAUGACUAACUCCACUGAAACACCGGAGCUUGCCGAAAUGGAGGAGACGAAGAUAUCGACUUCCAGCGAGUUUGUGACAAAUGAUGAGGAAGAACAGCAAAUAGAAGCCCAAAGUGAGUCUGAAGUUCCAGGUUCGGAAAAUGAAGUUCCACAGGAAGCAGCUGAGGACGAACAGGAACCCUCUGAGGAGCAGCAGGAACCAUCUGAAUCUGUCGAUGACGGCGAAGUCGCUGAGGAAGAUGAUAAGGAAGCUGGUGAUGAUGAAGACGCAGUAGACGUUGAUAAUGAGCAAGCUGGCGGUGAUGAAGAGGCGCAAGUGAGCUCCUCGCAUGAGGGUGAAGAAGAAUCUGCAGAUAAAGAGUACAAUGGAGCUGGAGAAGCGGCAGAGUCCAGUGAUGCAGAUCCGCAAGAAGAUAAAAGCACCACAGAUGUCGUUGAGAUGGCGGCUGAGCAAUAUGGGAGAGCCGAGAAUGUUCAGUACGAUUUGCUGCAAAGGCAGGCUAAGUACAUCAUGGAGAGUAACAUGCUAAACCUUCCGCAGUAUCAGCAGCUGUCGCAGGAGGACAAGAUCUCGGCGCUGGUGAAUAUGCUAAACUCAAAUCCAGACACCAUGAUGCCAGUGAUUCCAGAGAUGCGGAGCUUGUCCCAGCCUGAGGUCGUAUCGCAGCCAGGCCAAGAAAUGUCGCCAAGGGGACGUUCAAGGCCAGAUUUGAACGGUCCAAUGUCGCCUGAAGAGCGUGAGCGUUAUGCUCAAUAUCUCCACGGAGAGAACAGGAUAACGGAAAUGCAUGAUAUUCCGCCUAAGUCGAGACUUUUCAUUGGUAACUUGCCUCUCAAGAACGUCUCUAAAGAGGAUCUAUUCAGAAUUUUCUCACCUUAUGGGCAUAUUCUUCAGAUAAACAUCAAGAACGCGUUCGGUUUCAUACAGUACAACAACCCUCAAAGCGUAAGAGAUGCGAUUGAAAACGAAUCGCAAGAACAAAAUUUCGGUAAGAAACUGAUCUUAGAAGUUUCAAGCUCCAACGCUAGGCCGCAGUUCGACCACGGUGAUCAUGGGACAAACAGCAGCUCUACCUUCAUCUCUUCUUCCAAACGUCCUUUCCAGCACGAGGAAAGCGACGCAGCUGAUAUGUAUAAUGACAACCAGGGAUACAAGAAAUCCAAGAGGCGCGUACCAGCUUGCGUCAUCUACGUUAAGAGAACUGCUGACCGCGGGUAUGCAAACGAGGUCUUCAACCAUUUCAGACGCGGCACAGACCUGGAAACUGACAUGAUUUUCUUGAAGCCUCGUAUGGAACUCAGAAAAAUGAUUAACGAAGUAGCUCAUGAUGGGGUCUGGGGUGUUAUUCUGGUCAACAAGACUAGAAACGUGGAUAUCCAGACGUUCUACAAAGGUCCUCAAGGUGAGACUAAGUUUGACGAAUACAUCAGUAUCUCCGCCGAUGAUGCGAUAGCCAUUUUCAAUAAUCUCAAACCUUCCAGAGGCUCGGCUGGGGGGCCACCCGUGGGGCCUGUUAAUCCAUAUGCACAACAGCCGGCUGCAAUACCUCCUCCUCAACAUCCAUCUUCGCAAAACUACUAUGGCGGGUACGGUAUGCCGCCUCCACAGCAGCCCUACGUUCAACAGGGAUACGGCAUGCCAUUGCCUAACCAAGGAUAUGGAGCACCUGCGCCAGCACCAAUGGGUCAACCUUACGGCCGCUAUCAAGGUUCACCUCCAGCUAUGGAGCCAGCUCUGUCCCAACCGCAGUUAUCAUCCUUAUUAAGCGCAAACGGUGGUGGCCAAAUGAAUCAGCAGCAACUGCUAUCCGCCAUCCAGAACUUACCGCCAAACGUUGUUUCCAAUCUAUUGUCCAUGGCGCAGCAGCAGCAACAGCAGCAGCAACCACAGACUCAGCAACAACUGCUUGGUCUACUGCAAUCAAUGCAAGGCCAGCAGCUUCCACAGCAGCAGCAGGCAUCUGCUUACUCGUCAUUAAAUGACAGCUACGCACAGCGCUCUCCCAUGGGCACAGUGCAACCACAGCAAUCGCCUCCACCUCCACUGCAACCACAACCACAGCAACCGCAACAACAGCCACAACAAUCUUCUCCCGGUAAUAACGUACAAAGUCUCUUGGACAGUUUGGCUAAAUUGCAAAAGUGA